UCUGCAUCUAAUUCUCAUCUAAACCAAUAACCAGUAUUCGCAAUGGCAAAGUCCUCAGUCAUCGUCCUUGCCUCCGCCCUCUGCUUCUUAUCCUUCCUAGGCUCAACCUGUGCCAAAGAUCGGUUCUUUGUAGAGGGAGUUGUUUACUGUGACACAUGUCGUGUUCAGUUCCUGACGAAGAUGUCUGAGUUUCUAGAAGGUGCGACUGUGCGUGUGAUGUGCUCACAGGUAGACAACGCAAAGAAUGUGACAUUCAACAAAGAAACAACGACAAGUGCAAUUGGAGCUUACAAAAUGGAGGUGGACGGAGACCACGAGGAAGACACCUGUGAGGUGAUCCUUGUGAAGAGCCCAAGAGCAGAUUGCAAUGAGGUUGACAAAGAGGCUCACCUCCAACAAGCUGCCAGAAUCAGCAUCACCAAGAACAAUGGAAUCGUCUCCAACAUUCGCCAGGCUAACCCUCUCGGAUUCCUCAAGAAGGACCGUCUCCCUGGCUGCAUGGACCUCUUUAAAGAGCUUGGAAUCAACGAAGAUGGCACUCCCAUCCCCAGUGUCUGAACAAACCCUCCAAUAUCCAACCAUAACAAAACAAAACCUCAUGCGUCGGAUACAUCAAAAACAUGCCUAGGUAUCACUGUUAGGUUUUGUUCCUGCUGCUAUGGCUGAAGAAGGGCUCUUCAUGUUUUUUUUCCAUCCCUUUUAUAUAUUUAUUUAAUUUAAUAAUCAAGAUGUUUGCUUAAUAGUAAUAGUAAUGUGUUAGUUUGGCCUUCGGAUGAGUUUUUCUACACCAUCCUUUGCCUUGUAAUACUCUCUCAUUUUCUAAUUCCACCCACUUUAUUUCUAUAAAUUCCCUUUCCUCUGCUG